UCCACGCCAUUCGAGGUUUCGGUCACGUGACGAGGAAGCUGCUCUUUUCCUCGAGGGCCGUUCCAUUGCAGCAGGCGGUGUGUGUGUGCUGCUUGAAGGGGCUUACGCGUCGACGAGAACAUCUCUUAUUACGCAGGAAGCCGAGAGAGAAACAGAGACAGCGCGCGCGCGUUUGCCUCAAUCCACGCGUCAAACGGCUCGCGCGAGCCGCCCAACGGCCGUGUCACGUGACUGCAGACUUCGACCGGCCGCGUAGCGGAGCUGGUUGCGAGAGCUGAGGGCUGAGCUGUUGUUUCUUCUUCUCUUUCCUCGUGGGGCGAACCCCCCUCGCUUACCUCGCCGAGAGACGCCAUGAGCUGCUUCAGCCGCCUUCGCUGGGCUGCCCUGGGCUGGGCGCUGCUCCUGCUGGUGGUCGCCUCUUGCUUCACGUCCGCGUUGGCCGAGGCCGAAGAGGAGAAAGCUGGCUGUGAAAAACAUACCAACUGUAGUUCCUGCAUUAAUAGUCCUGACAAGUCUGAAAUAAACUGCACAUGGAUUUUUUGCAACGCUACUUCGUUCUACUGUAUAAAUGCAACGGAAAGAAGUGAUAAUUGUACAUCUACUUUAAGAAAUGGAACUUGUUCAGUUCCUCCUGAGCCUACCACAGUUGUUACACCUACCACAGCCAACACGUCUACCCCAGCUCCUACACAUAACACAACUACACCAGCCAAACCUACAUCUGCCGGACCUACUGCUGCUAAUAGUACUGCUGCUAGCAACACAACUUCUACAUCAGGCUCAGCUUCUCCCCAACCAACUUCCAAACCAUCUCCACACAAAUCCACCUUUGAUGCUGCCAGUUUCAUUGGUGGUGUUGUCCUAGUGCUGGGACUGCAAGCAGUAAUAUUCUUUCUCUACAAAUUUUGCAAGUCCAAAGAACAAAACUAUCACACCCUCUAGAAUACGUUGCUUUUAAGUGGACUUAACAAGGUCAACAUUUGUGGUUAGCUGCACCAAAAUAUCUUUAUUCCUUAUAGAAGACAGCAAUUCAAAAUAUUCUUAUUCUUCAAGACUUUUUU